CGAAGUUUUUUUCCACCAGACAAUUAAUGGCCGGAAAAGAUAAGGUGAACAAAUCACCACAUGUUCUACUCUUCCCCUACCCUUCUUCACAAGGUCAUAUAAACCCUUUCAUCCAAUUUGGCAAACGUUUACUCUCCAAAGGUGUCAAAACAACACUCAUUACAACCAUCUACACCUUAAACUCUACCCUCUCCCACAACAACAACACCACCUCCAUUCAAAUCAAAGCCAUUUCUGAUGGCUUUGAUGAAGGCGGUUACGCGAGUGCCGAAAGCGCCGAAUCCUACCUCAAAACAUUCAAAGAAACUGGCUCAAAAUCACUAGCUGAUCUCAUCAAGAACCUUCAAAGUGAAGGAAACACCAUUGAUGCAAUCAUCUAUGAUUCUCUUAUUAUAUGGGCUUUGGAUGUGGCUAAGGACUUUGGAAUUGAUUGUGGCUCAUUUUUGACACAAGCUUGUUGUGUAAACAGCUUAUAUUAUCAUGUUCAUAAGGGCUUGAUUUCUUUGCCAAUGGGUGCAACCAUUUCUGUUCCUGGGUUGCCACUAUUUGAAAGGUGGGAGACACCAUCUUUUGUGCAUAAUUAUGAACCGAAUGAUGGUUGGUCUCAGACUGUGUUUGGUCAGUUCGAUAACAUUGAUCAAGCACGUUGGGUUUUCACAAAUAGUUUUUAUGAACUAGAGGAAGAGGUGAUAACGUGGAUGAGAAAGAUGUGGAAGCUGAAGGUUGUCGGCCCAACACUUCCAUCUAUGUACCUGGACAAACGACUUGAAGGCGAUACAGGUUACGGGUUCAAUCUUUUCAAAGCAAAUCACAAUGAUUGUAUGAAUUGGCUAAGUGAUAAGCCAAAGGAAUCAGUUGUUUAUGUAUCAUUCGGAAGCGUGAUAACACUUGAACCAGAACAAAUGGAAGAAAUCGCAUUGGGUUUGAGCAGUUGUGAUAUGAAUUUCUUGUGGGUGGUUAGGACCGAAGAACAGGAAAAACUCCCAAAAGGUUUUCCAGACGUGAAAAUCCCAAGUAAGGGUUUAGUUGUAGCAUGGUGUAGACAAUUAGAUGUGCUAGCACAUGAAUCAGUAGGAUGCUUUGUUACACAUUGUGGGUUUAACUCAACUCUUGAAGCAGUAAGUCUAGGAGUCCCUGUGGUGGGAAUGCCACAAGUUUCGGACCAAACUACGAAUGCCAAGUUGCUAGAUGAAAUUUGGGGUGUUGGAGUUAGGGCUAAGGCUGAUGAGAACGGGAUAGUGAGAAGCGAAACUCUAGUGUCGUGUAUAAAGAAGAUUAUGGAGGGUGAGAGAGGAGUAGUAGCCCGAAAGAAUGCGGCAAAGUGGAGGGAAUUGGCUAAAGUGGUCGUUGAUGAAGGUGGAAGCUCCGAAAAUGAUAUUGACGGAUUUGUAUUUGAACUAAGCCAUAAGUGCUAAGUUACAAUCAUAUCCGCAAUUAGGAUACAUAAAUUGAUUUUAAUUCUUAAAAUGUUUAGUGGCAUCAUGCUUUAUCAUGAACAAUUGGGAUGUAUAAGUUGAUUUUCAGUCUUAAAUGUUUAAUGGUAACAACGUUCUCAUUCAUUUCUAA